AUGGUUCUAACUCAGCCCCCAAAUCAGCAUGUCACAAGGGCGUUCGAUCUCAGCGGUAAAGUCGCGGCUGUCACAGCUCGCGGAAUCGGUCUGGAAGUGUCCAGAGCUCUAGCAGAAGCCGGUGCCAAUGUGGCAUUGAUAUACAACACCUCUACCACGGCCGAUAAGAUUGCAGCCGAGAUCGCAUCUGCCAACAACGUUCGCGCGGCAGCCUACCAAGCCAAUGUGGGUGUUCAGUCUGAGAUUGAGGCCGUGGCCCAGCAGGUCAAAAAGGAUUUCGGGAAGCUGGAUAUCAUUGUCGUCAACUCUGGGGUUGUCUCAAACAUUGCUGCCGAAGACUACACCGCUGACCAAUGGAGUGAGAUUAUGAAAGUGAAUCUCGAUGGUGCGUUCUUUUCUGCUCAAGCGGCUGGUAGAAUCUUCAAGGAACAGGGCCAUGGGAAUGUGAUCUUUACGGCUUCGGUCAGUGCAACCCUGGUGAAUGUGCCUCAAAAGCAGGCCGCGUACAACGCAUCCAAGGCAGGGGUUGUUCAGCUGGCUAAGUGCUUGUCCGUUGAGUGGGUUGAUUACUGUCGCGUCAACUGCAUCUCACCUGGUUUCAUCGCUACCGAUAUUCUUGAUAUCCACCCCAAGGAAUGGCGCGAGAAAUGGCUUGACAUGAUACCCGCCAAAAGAAUGGCUGAAUGUUAUGAGCUGAAGGGGGCCUAUGUUUUCUGUGCUUCGGAUGCGUCUAGCUAUAUGACAGGCGCCAACCUCAUCAUCGAUGGUGGCUACACCCUACCUUGA